AUGGCCAGCUCUAUGUCAGGGGUCCAAUCAGAAAUAUACCAGGUUCUUCAGAAAGCACAGGGUUCUGCUGUCCCUGUAUUUCUGGGGAUGAUUGAUUUGAAAUUGUUCCUUUUCCUCCAUGGUGCUGGGGACAUCCGCCACAUGCUUCUCAUGGGUUGGGCGGGGGAAAGUAUAGAGAACGUCAAAGACAAGGAAGUGCUAAGUCGUGAGAUUUCCAGGUCGAAGAGGGAAAUCCGCAUGCUGGGAGUGGUACAUAAAGACCUGCGGUCUGCCAACAUGUUAUGGAAUAACGAACUGCACCGGGUUCUGAUCAUAGACUUUCACCGUACACCAAUUGCCAUCAUGUCCAACUCUGGGAACUGGCCGAUGGCGCAACAUAUUGCAGGGACAGUUCAUCGAUCAGAUGAGGGUGCAUUGAACAUGCUAGGAGAAACGGUGUCUAUGAACAGAGGGAGAUUUCUAUGA